GUGAUCAGAGUUGGUCCCAAAUUCUAGUGCAGUUUUUGUGUGUGGAACCUUUCCUGUGACCUCGACCGACCUUCCUUUCUACGCCACGACCGAGGGUGCAAAGUCUUCGGAUCUUUUGUUUAGCAGCGACUACCCUGCAGAAAUCCCCAGUUUUAAUGUGCAGAGGGAACGCGUCGUGUUUAAGAAGUCUGAAUCUCCCAAGAUUGUGGCUUUCCAGUGACGUCAGUUCCUUGUCCCCCCGCGCAUCACAUUGAUAAAAUUGAAGGGAGCUACAUGAGAGAGGCACUGUGCAAGGGCAUCUCAGGAGCUAUGGCGGCAGUGCCAUCGCAUAAAGUCCCCAUGUUAGGGCAUUUGGUGGCCCCCUUGCCGUGAAGGGGAUUCCGUGGCACACCAUGGGUGAGACGAUCCUCCGAGUCGCCAGAAACGAAGAAAGCGCAAUGGAUGAGAAGGCUAGCUUAGAGACGACGCCAAAGGAACACCAGAGACCAGCAGAAAUGCUCGACCCUGUUAUCAGGAACGGGCAGGUGUCGGUAGGUCCUCCACCCAUGCCGGAACUGAGAGCAUUUGUGAAGGUUCCACGACAGCCCACGUCCACCAUUGUGAUUCCACCGCAGCUGAUGGCCCCGGCAUUGGCACACGGCCUCCUUCAAAAGGCACCUGUCCCCAAGAGCCAGACCUCGUCAGUAGGGGCAAGUGGGCUGGGUGAUACUAACAGGGUAGUUACAUGUGCACCAAGACUCAUGUCAGCCAUCCUACAAACAAACCACCACAGACCUGCGAUACUUUCUGCGCCCUCAGCUCAAUCUCAGAUCAUUCAGGCUCCUAAACCAAUUCCUGCUGCUGCCAAAGAGGUGAAAUCCCCUUUGCUCAUUCCGAGGGAUGAAGCAAUGUCUCUCAUUAUUCAGAGGGACCCGGUAUCAUCUGUGGUUACAACGGAGGAAUCAGGAUCUGUGAUACUAAAAAGUAGCCAGCCAGCUUCUGUGAUUAUCCAAGGGGAUCAAGUACCUUCUGUGGUGUCCCUUAGGGACCAAGCACCAUCUGUGAUUGUUCAAGGGGAUCCAACACCCCUAGUUACCCAGAGAAUUAAGGCAGCCUGUCCAGUUGUACAGAGAAAUUUGACAUCCAUGUUAUUACCCGAGAAUAUCAGAGGGUUCUAUGGAGUUCCUCAGACUCAGAAUCCAUCCUCACUAGUUGGUCAGAAGCAUCAGACGACUGUGAUGGUUGCGCACUGCCGACAAGUGACCCCAACUAGCCCCACCAUGCCUAUGACCCAGGCCAUGUCCCAUCAUUUUCCACUUGAAUCUCAGUACCAGACCAAUCUCCUAUCUCAGAAUCAGACGAAGAUACAACCUCAAAAAGAACUAUUGCCUGCAAAAUCUCAGCCCGUGGUCCAGACUCAGAUGCAACUGCAAUCACAACCUGCAAUACAAUCCCAUGCUCAGGGACAGUCUAUACCUCAGACCCAUCCAAAAAUCAUAAUCAAAUUUGAUCCCCAGAAAUAUCCUGAGUCCCGGAUUCAGCCCCAGUCGCAACCCCAGGUAGAACCCAAACUGAUCCCCCGAAUACCAAGCAGUGCCCAACUUCAGCUGCAGUUACAGACCCUGCCCUCAGCUCCUUCUCACUCUCAGACCCAACCCCCGUCCAAACCAUCUAAAGACCAACUUCAGGCUUGUGAUCAGUCACAGCCUCAGCUAGAGAAGGCACCCCAAGUUUGUCCACAAUCUUCAACGAUAUCUGGGAUCAAACCUGAGGAUACACUUCCUUUUCCUCAAAUAAACACCACUUCACUUCUGAAGAAAGUUUCACAGCAGUUGUGCACGAAGGAAGCACAAGGACGGAAUGGAAGUCUGGUAGACGGAUCUGAAACUCAGUGCCAUGUCAUUCAUAGUUCCAAGUUAGAUAGGGCAGCUGUAGAGCUCGAACCAGAGAAGAAGGAAAUUAAUCCUGUAGCACUUGGAACUCCUGUACCUGACAACAUACUCUACAAUGGGAUACCGAAGGCAGUGGAGCCAGCUAUAGUGAGGGGCCCUAGAUCGAAACAGAGCUUCAUAAAAAGAACCCCUCAGAGUAAAAAAUGGCCUUACAUAGGUGCUUCAGAUAAGGAAACAGAACAGUUAAAUAAGGAAUCUAUACGAGGUGUAAAGAGAAAACGAGUGCAAGUGGCUCAUGAAGUAUGUGGGGAGACAGUGUAUUUAGGUGUACCAGUGAUAAAGCUGAAUCGUCUGUGUGGGAGGGACCUUAGGAAAUUCAGGGACAUUGAGAACUUGGGCAUCAGCAUAGAGUCAGCAAGGUCGGUGCGCAAGGAACUGAACCGCUAUCAGAAAAACAGGAGGCGGAGACUGCUCAAGAAACUGAGGAAACUGGGUCUGUGCCCACAGGCCAAAAGGAGAAAAUUGCCCUCUGAAGACUUUGCUAAAAGACAGGACCUAGAAAGUGACGAGAUCAUACAAACUAAAAAAGUGAGGGAAUCUAUAAGUGAUGACAUAUUGCACGACUAUCCAAAAUCUGCAAAGAAGAGGAAGACCAGGGAAUUAUCCGCUGUCACCAGUCCUCCAAAUGGCACCAUCAAAGGGACUCUUAAUAUCAUGUCAGAGAAUUUCGACAAAAUACUGUAG